AUGGCCCAUAGCGCCAAAACCCUCCAGCUACUUCUGGAGAAAUUUUCACUCUACAAAGAAGAGUGUAACCCAAAUGGGUCAGAUGAGGAGAUGUUUGAGGCAUAUUUGACCUCAACCAACCUUAUAAAAGGUAGUAUAAAAACUAUCGAACAGAGUAGAAACUCAUUGCAGUCACUGAUAGACAAACUGCAGAUGGAAUACAAUGAUUCCAAAACAAAAAGCAACAAAAAGGACCUCGAAAAAGAAAUCGAGGAAAUUGAAAGUGAAACAAAAUUCACUGAUAUCAUGGCAAGAGCAAAUGAAAUGAUAUUCAUGCUAGAAGCAAGAGCCACAGAAGCAGCAAGUCAAGCUGAUAAAUUUGCAAGGAAGUUGGGAAUAAAAUUACAUAGAAACCAACGAAUAGCAACACAUUUUGAAGAUGCAAAUAAUCGAUCGUCACAAACGGGAAGUGGCAAAACGGCAACAGAUCAAAGCAAUGACGAAACCUUCAGCCCAGAUGACGCAAUAUGGCUGUCAGAGGAUCAUUCUGAUACCAGCAGAGAGGCGAUCGAAGAAGAGUUCAUAUGUAGAACCCUCAAACCAAAUCAAAUGAAACUUCCUAGGUUUUGGGGAGAUGAAGAAGAAUUUCCAGAAUUCUGGGCAGUCUAUGAAACCUUGGUACACCAAAAUAAAGUACUGAGUACAGUUGAGAAAAUGCUUCUUCUCAAAGAUAGUCUUCGAGGAAGAGCGGAAAUGACCAUCAAAGGGAUACAAUUAAUUCCCCAGAAUUAUAAAUGGAUGGUUGAAACUAUAAAGAAAAAAUAUGGUAACAAACCUAUAAAUAGAGCAAAGAUCGUACAAAAACUAAUCGAUCUUCCAUGUGCGAGGAACAAUGCCGAGAAUUGCACAUAUAUUUUUGACAAAAUAAGAAUGUUGAUUAACCAAAUGGUAUCGGCGGGCCAGGAUAUACCCAAUACACAAGAUGCCAUGUGGACAGAAAGAAUAUUAGAGAAGUUUCCGUACAAUAUUGUGAAAAAUGUCCUUAUAUCUAUCCAAGAAAUGGAAGAUGUGAAAGUGGAAAACGUAAUGGAGCAACUCGAAAAAGAGAUCAACGCUAAAAAAUUCGUUGAAUCAAGAUUAAAAGGUCGUUUUAAGACCGAAAACACAGAAAUAAAAAGAAACCAAACUCUGCAUAGGUCAGAGACAAGAAAAAAUGAUAGGCAGUGUAUUUUCUGUGACAGCUCUGAGCAUUCUGCUCAUAAUUGCAGAACCGUAACAGAUAUCCAACAAAAGAGAAACGUUGUGAUUAACUCCAGUCGCUGUUGGAAAUGCUUCAGCGACCAGCACAAAAGUAAUCAGUGUAGUAGACCAAACUGUCCCCACUGUGGAAGGAUGCAUCAUCAAAGCUUAUGUUUUACAAGAUCAUCCGAGAAUGUAACAAAUCAGCAAAAUCGACUGCGCUUUGGCAACGAUGCAGCAACAAACAACAGAAGACCCCCUACUGGCGAAACAAGAGGGAAUAACGCCGGAUUGCGCAAUCGCACCUCCAAUGACGUUCGUCAACGAGAUCGAACUUCGAAUGUACGUACUGAAAAUCCAAUUCAAAGCGAUUCUUUCGUGAAAGUCGAUUCUAACGACAAUACCACAAAAGACCAAGUAGUGCUAAUGACUGCUGAAGCAAAUAUGUGGAAUAACAAAACAAGCCAAUAUGAGCGAGUUCUCAUAUUUUUUGAUACUGGUGCGCAGAGAACUAUAAUAAACGAACGUACAGCAGAGGAAUUUGGACUCCCAAGGCAAAAAACGGAAAUAUGCACCAUGUCUGGUAUUGGUGGACAUACUGAGAAAUUUAAAACGUUCUUCGUUCCAUUGAAAAUCUCUACAGUUUUUGGAAAAGAGAUUUAUCUAACGGUUCAAACAAAACCCGUGAUAACUAACGGUUUUCGUUCUGCAUAUCUUUUAGAACAAGAUAAACAGUUUCUUCAAGAUAACGAUAUUUGUUUGUCCAAUCCAAGAUUGAGUGGUGAACACCAAAAUCCACAAAUUCUAAUUGGAUUAGAUUACUACUACGAAUUUGUUAUGAGUAGCACUAGAACAAAACUACCGUCGGGACUAUAUGUUGCCAGAACAUUAGUAGGUCCAACUCUUCAUGGUCGCAGUACAAGUGCGGUAAAUGUAACUGGCGAAGAAAUUACCCAUAGUCUUACGCUCGUUCAGGAGCCAAGUGAAGCAGAUAUACUUCAGAAGAUUUUUGAAUUGGAUGGAUUAGGAAUUUCCACCAAUGAAUUUUCAAAUGAUGAAAAAACAUUUGAGUAUUUUGAAAAGUACUCGAAAACUAUAUCAUUUAAAAACAGUGUUAUAACUGCACCCUUUCCUCUUAAGGACAACGUAAUCGAUAUAUCCGACAAUUAUGCGAUGGCAUAUCGUAGGCUCGAGUCCUUACAGAGACAGCUGGCCACCAACAAAGAGCAAAGGUCGUGGUACAGCAAAAUAUUCAAUGAUUACCUCAAAGAUUCCAUAAUAGAAGAGGUACAUGAACCAGUCAAAAACACGGCUGGCACCUAUUAUAUGCCACACUCCGGAGUGUGGAAACCUUCAAAAACGAAACCUCUCAGAAUCGUAUUUGAUGCAUCCUCGAAACAAAGAGGUAAACUAUCAUUAAAUGAUAUAAUUCACACCGGUGAAUCUUUCGUUAAUAAAAUUCAUGAUAUCCUUAUUCGCAGUCGAAUUAGCAAGUUUAUAUUAACGUGCGAUAUCGAAGCUGCAUUCACUCAGAUCAGAAUCGUAAACGAGCACAAAGACCUUUGUCGCUUUCUGUGGGUCAAAGACAUCAGUCGCAUGCCGACAAAGGACAACAUAGUUGUUUACAGAUUUAACCGUUUGCCAUUCGGCGUUACCGCAUCUCCGAGCAUAUUGAAUACAGCAAUUCUUGCUUACUUAAAUGCAAAGAAUACCCCACUUUCACAUGAAAUAGCAAGAAACAUUUAUGUUGAUAAUAUUUUAUUGACAGCUGCAACUGAGCAGGAAGCUUUAAAGAAGUAUGUCGAAUCAAAAAAUCUCUUCAGGGAAAUUGGUAUGAACCUACGAGAAUAUGUGUCAAAUUCUCAGACAGUAAAUGAAGGAAUUCAUGAGAAAGACAGAUCACCUUCUGGUGAUAUCAAAUUCUUAGGUGUUAAAUAUAACACAGAAACUGAUCAGUUUAACGUGAAAGUAAAUAUUCCGCCGAAAUCAUCACUCACUAAGCGAGAUGUGGUUAGUAUAAUAAAUUCUGUUUACGAUCCUAUAGGUGUAACUGCACCAUUGCUUAUCAAGUUGAAAUCGCUAAUGCGAGAAAUCUACGACACCGGAAUUAAGUGGAAUGACUAUGUUAAUCCAGUGAUGACUAGUAGAUGGAACUCCAUCUGCAAAGAUAUUAAUGGUGCAAGUAUCAGCAUCCCCAGGUCAAUUCUCACAGAAGUGCGAAAUCUUCACACUUCAAAAACAGACUUAUGGAUAUUUUGUGAUGCAAGCAAUCUUGCUAUAUCAAGUUGCGCCUUCUUGCGGCAUAAUGACACUAACGAGGUCACGCAAUUGAUUAGCGGAAAGUCAAAGUUGACUCCCAAAAAAUGCCGGCAAACAACUCCAAGGUUAGAAUUGCUUGGAAUAGUUAUUGGAAUGAGAUUGGGAAAGAGUAUCUUAGAAAAUCUUGAUCACAAUAUAGAUCACUUCAAUCUUGUCACUGAUAGUGAAAUUGCUCUACAAUGGAUUAAUUCCUCUCGAAAGCUUCCAGCUUUCAUAAUCAAUCAGAAAGACCGAGUUGAAAAAAUUAAAUCUCAGGUUGAGAGCAAAGGCAUUUCCGUGAACUUUUUCCAUGUUCCAACACACAACAAUCCAGCAGAUGCAGGGACGCGAGGUCUUACAUCAUCUCAACUCGGCUCACAUAUCUGGGUGAGAGGGCCACAAUGGCUAGCUCAAGAGCCAUGUAGCUGGAAACUACGCUCUAUCGAUACUUUGAACGGAAAAGAAAUUAUGGAGGAAAUGGAAACAUUUCAAAAUCCCCACGUUGAAGAGUCUGAGAGUAAUAAUGAUAAUGCGAACUCAAUGUUUGUAGAUCUAUCGAGAUUUUCACGCUUCAAGACAGCGUUACGAACUGUAUCUAGAGUUGCGAAAGUACUGCACAAAUGGAUCAAUCGAUGUAAUACUACCAGAUUGACAUCAAUUGCAACAUCUUCAAUCUCGCGCUUUGACCCGGACUCGCUAAUUGAAUGCGAAGAGAUGCGCUUAAGUGAGACAUUAAUCAUAGCAUCAUUUCAUAGGAAUGUCAAUAUGAGAAAACUGCAAAAACGGUUUCCGAACCAAAUAAUCGUAAAGGAUGAAAAUGGAAUCAUAAGAUACAAAUCAAGAAUUCGAAAUGCAAAUCUACCUUUAGAUGCAAAAAUGCCUAUCUAUAUCGAUAAUGACUCUGACCUUGCUAGACUCAUUAUUAUAGACUUGCAUUGCAACAAUGCUCACUGUGGCAAAGAUCACGUACUGUCUCUGGCUAGACAGAAAUAUUGGAUUCCGCAGCCAUCACGAGCAAUUAAGAAGUACCUAAAAGAUUGUACUAUUUGUAAGAAAUGGCAAGGCAUGCCUUUUGGAGCUCCAGAGAUGCCACCACUACCAUCAGAUAGGGUGACAAUAAGCAAACCGUUUCAAAACGUAGGAUGUGAUUUCAUGGGACCAUUCCUAUCCAACAGGAAUGAAAGGAUGUUUAUAUGUCUCUACACCUGCCUUGCAAUCAGAGCAAUCCAUUUAGAAGUGGUAGAAAGCCUCACCACAGGGGCGUUUCUCAAUAGUUUUAUUCGAUUUGUAUCGCGCAGAGGUGUACCUCUUUUAAUGAGAACAGACUGUGGAUCAAAUUUCAAACUUGGUCAGAAAAUAAUUGAAAAGUUGUUCGAAAGUGAUGAAACAACAGGGAAUUCAGUAAUGAAUCACUGUGCCUCGGAAGGCAUUAAAUGGAUUUUUAACCCACCAGCAUCUCCAUGGAUGGGUGGUGUGUGGGAAAGGCUUGUUGGAUCUGUGAAAAGAAGUUUCCAAAAGUCAGUUGGAAGAAAGAAACUUUCAUUUGAACAGAUGACUACUGUAGUCACUCGUAUAGAGGCAAUUAUAAAUACACGUCCACUCACAAAACUCUCAGCAACUGAUCUUUCUGAAAUUCCACUCAGACCUAUUGAUUUUCUACAAGGAAAUUUAAAAUUCUCAAUUCCAAACUCUGAAAUAUCCAACUUCAGAAACGAUCCUACGUUUGAGCCAGAGUUGAUACAGACAGCUGCUCAAGCUUACGAAGCGCUUGCAUCUUCAGAAAACAUUGCAACAAAGUUCUGGGAGAAAUGGAACACUGAAUAUCUCACUAUUUUACGUGACAGCCAUAGAUGUCAACUGAAUCAGAAACGUCAUGUGAGUAAAAUCCCACAGGUCGGCGAAAUUGUUUUGGUCGAACAGGAAUUACUGCCCAGAGGACAAUGGGUAUACGGUAAAAUAGAAGAUUUAGUUCGAAGCGCAGACGGCAUGAUAAGGUCCGCUAAAAUUCUAAUGCCUAGCCGCAAAAUUUUGCAGAGACCAGUUAAUAAAAUAUACCCUCUAGAAAUUCGUUCAGAGCCAGACAAUCAAAAAUCGGUUGAACGAAGCUUUGAGAUCAUGGAUAACGACAUCCAUAUCCCAACAACAACUCAUCGUAGAAAUCAUCUAGCCAGAAUCUCCAAAUCUCGCGCUUUAGACGUCAUUCGAGAAUUUGAAACAGACCUCGACAGAUCGAUGACCCCUACGUCUGCUCGAUCAACAGUAUCCUGCCUAAUAACGGCAAUGUUAUCCUUGUUUCUAAUCAACCCUGCUAAUGCGCAACUAAACACCAGUAUUACUUGUAACGAAGGUAUCGUGUUUAUAACACCUCCUAGAGGACAAUUCGAGUUGUGUUUUGAUCAUGAAUGCAAGUCAUUCAAAAAUGUUACGGAAGAAAUUAGGCAUACUCUUCCUGUCUCACCAUUGGAGAAGCCUGUAACGGUAAAAAUACGUUUCUAUUUGAUAAACGAAGUAAUAACAAUGAUCGAAAAAUGUGAGCGUCACGAAUUUUGCGCAGCAUCUUCAACAAUCUUGAGUAUAGCACUCUUAGGAAAUCCACAUUGUUGGCCAUUUGGCGCCAUCCUUACUGUAUCCAUAAUCUUGUGCUCUAUUCCCGCAGCAAUGAUUAGUAUGGCGUGGUCCAUAUGCAAAUGCCGAAAACAAAGGCGGAGAAGAACUGAUGUACAAGUUAAGUGCGAACUGAGUACGUUCAAACCUUCUCCUCUAAUUGCAAACACUUUAGUAGUAAUCACUUUGUUCACUUUAGCAUUCAAAAGUGCUACACUCGCUUGUCAACAUGGUUACACAAGGCACACCACAGAAAUGGUGUGCACGUCAAGAGGCAAAUGUCUAUUCGAGUUUAGACAAGAAAUACUCUUUAACAGAAUUCAUUCAGAAAUCUGUAUUCAAAUCAACCACUUAAAUACUACAGUGGGUAUGAUAAGAAUGAAAAACAGCGGCGUAAAACUCAAUUGCAGCAAACUUUCACUCUUCUUCACAAGAGACACGAUGCACAAGUUUUUUCGCACCACGAGAUGUGCUCAGAUGGGAUCCUGCACACAAAAUUAUUGUAAUAGAAUGUACCCGAAUAGUACUAUUCCAGAAUUAGAUAUGGCCUCAAAGUAUCCAGGAUACAUUGCAUGUCAAGAAACAUGCGGCGGUAUUGUCUGUGGAUGUCUUCUCCCAAUGCCAGCAUGCUCAUUCUUGCGUCUGGCGCAAGUACCAAAAAGUAAGUCAGUGUUUGAAAUAGUGCGCUGCAUGGAGUGGACGCCAACUGUGCAGGUUGACAUUGAAAUGACGAUGUAUAGCAGAGGAAAAGAAAAAUCGAUAAUCCUAACACCCUAUGUCACUCACAAGUACGAUGAGCUAUCCAUUACCGCAGUUUCAGUUCAAAAACCACAUUUUCCUCUAAUGGACAGAAGAUUCGCUGUUUCCGAAAACGAGGCACUAAUGUUGCCAAAUGAUUUUAGUCUCCCUGUGGAAUGCGAGUCAUAUAUCCAAGCGAAAGAAGAAUUUUCAAAAUGCAAAAAUCACAUGGUUUGUACCUGUGAAAAUCUAAAGGCUCCUAGAGGAUGCAAAUGCCCACUAGGUUCUAUUAGGAACCUGCGUAAAGAGAUCACAAAUGUACUUCCCAUCAGAACACCAUUCACAGAAAUAAGGUUAGAAGAUGAAGAUAUCAACGCCUAUACUCACCAACAGGAAACCACUAUUGUUCUUGAAUCAAGCCUUAUGUUGAACAGCGCGCAUUACAUCAUAGAACAAUCCUGUGAUAUAACAUUUGAAGAAAUAAAAGGCUGUUAUAACUGCCUUGAAGGAGCACAAGUUAAAGUCUCGUGCAUUACUCGUAUUAAUGCCUGGGCAACUGUCCAGUGCGAAUCUCAAGUGUUCUCCAUCGAAUGUGGGCCAUUGAACAAAUCCAAUAUAGUAUACCUGGAGUUUAGUAACGCUCUGAUACAGCAAAAGUGCCAAACGUCCUGCAAUGGGCGUGAGAUCACAUUUGAUCUACAUGGAACACUUGUGUACCAUCCCAGAAGUAAACGAAGUCAGGUUUAUUCCGAAGAAAAUAGUGAAGAAAACGCAAGCGAGUACUUUGGAAAAUUUGAUCUACCUGAUCUUCAGCCACUCCUGAAAGUGCUUAAAGAACACUGGAAAUUGGCCCUUGGAACGCUAGCAGCCGCGGUCGUCCCGUCGUUCCCUACAAACGCCGUCACAACUAAUGGUCAACUCCCUACUCGUCUCCGCCAACCCAACUACAAGCUCACCGCUCGUCAACUCAAGCUUACGCUGGGUUCGACACACCUUUUCUCUCGUAAUGUAUUGAGUUUUCUUCUCGUUGUUCCAUUUGUUCUUACAUUCACCUUGAUCACCUUGACUCCCGUUGAUCUUCGAACUGGUCGAGCAGGCACCAGUAAUUCUUUCAUUUGUCCCGAUCGCGUGCCAGAGUAG